UUUCUCUGUGAUUGAAUCAGAGAAGAUGCUUUUCUACGCACGAUUUUGGCUGAGACUGUUGCUGACUGUGGCGACUGGGUCGUGUGGAGCCAAAAUAGGACACAAAGAGCAGGAUAACAGCCCGAAGGUCACCCCAAUAUCAGGAUGGAAUGGAGAUGAGCAGGAUAUGGCACGCGUACCCCGCAGUGCCAGUGAACAGCCGAUCGGCCCAUCUGCACAGUCAACACAUGCCACAGAAGUGGCAUGUGAUAAAGAGCAACUAGCUCACAGUCGUGCCAUGGAUGACUUCCUGUCAGCCCUGAACCGGGAGAGUGAACUAGGGAGGAUGGAGUUCCAGUGGUUCGGAAUAUGUUCGUUCGGAACUCCAGAUUUGCAGCUUUCACAUCUAGUACAGAAUUUGGACCAAAAACGAAGUGGUCUCAAGGGUGUACAUGCCACAAAAGUAGAUAUUUGGGAUGCUGAGAAGGAAGGAGAGAUGACUUUAACCCUCACAUUCCCAAGGCAUUCUCAACUGACCAGCCCAGCCUCUGUGACGCUCCUGUUCAGUGUCGAUUCCAUUAAAGGAGAUGGUUUGAGAGUGAAAUUCAAGAGUCAUUCCAUCCAUCCAAAUACACAGACAGUUUGCUUUUCUGAGGCCACACGGUUCCUGAUCCUUACGGGAGGACAAAGCCAUGCCCACGUUCACCUUAAGCUGAGUGUAACAAUUGAGACAUGGAAGGAUGAAAACGAGCCGAAACCCAGUGUGUCUGAGCUUCAGGAAGUGUUGAUGAGAAAGGUAGAUGGCAGCAAUAUGUCAAUGAGGCCGAUCUUGGUUUUCCUUUCUGACCGUGAUGAGCAAAGAACACCACACUUAAAAUAUCACAGAAAUCCACUCGAUGAGAAACCCCCAUCCAGAACUUAUCUUUUCCUCUGUGAGCUGCAGAAGUUCUUGAGUGACAUCCUUCCUCGGAAAGAGGGGCCGGCACCUCAGAGAGAUGCAAACGCUGUCUCUUUGGAUGCGCUGCAUUCCCUUCCACCUCUCAGCCUUGGAGUGUCAUCCACAGUGUCCCUGCUAUCAGGACUGGUGAAUUCCUCCACGCCGACUGUAUUUGUUUUCCCUGAGAGGCAGCAAGGCCUGCAGACUCAACGAGUGGAGGUGACCCUUGAUUCUCCUCUGCUGUCUGUGCUCAGAAUGAGACUGGAUGAAGCCAUGGCUCAGGUGAAACAGCAGGAGGCGGGGCAAAAGGUGAUUGACAGGCUUCAGAAACUGAGUGAACUAAGUGCCCUUUCUCCAGAUGGAGAGGAUGAUGAAGCAGUGGAUAAGGACCGCAAAGAGGCCCAGUACCGGUCCAUUUUGCUGCUGAAGGCCCUGCAGGUGGUACUCCUUACCUGGGAGGUGGAAAGAGCUCAGAGAGCAGCCAGAGCAGAUGAAGAUGGCUCAUCAGUGCCCAGUCAGUGUCGGCUUCAGAGCUUGACCGUGUCCUUGAGGAAGUUUCUUCUUGAGCCCUCUACAGCCAACAUCAACAACUGUGAGGGAGUGUGUGGAUUCCCCCUGACCAACGCCAACAACCAUGCCAUCCUCCUGAACAGCCACAUUCAGAACGGCCAACCCGUUAAUCGCUCUCUCUGCUGCGUACCAGUCGACUUUGACGACCUGUGUGUGAUUGAGCUGGAGAGCGAGGGCACCAACAUCUUCUUCAAGACCAACGUGGUAGCGACCAAGUGUGAAUGUCGCUGAUGGCCUCCUUUGCUCUUUGAAAUGCGCUUAUGCAUGCGCGUAUAGCAAUAUGAAUAAAAUCUCUCAUACAUCUGCAUUUAUUCUCAAACUGACAUGCAACAUAAGCUGUCAUUUGAAGUGUAAAUUGGGUAAUUAGUGGGGACAUUUGCAUAUUCAAUAAUAUAAACAACAUUUUAGACCACUUUUAGCUGUAUUAAUUAGUUGUCCUGUUAACAUAGAUUUGCAUCAGUGCUG